AUGCGGGCGUACGUCGGUGACGUCGACGCGCGUGGACGCCCGCACGGCCGCGGACGGGCGACGUACGAAGACGGGAGCGCGUACGAGGGUGAAUUCGAACGCGGGGCGCGACACGGACGCGGGCGAAUGACGCUCGGCGUGGAUUCGGAGAGCGAUUUGAGCGACGACGACGUCGAGGGACGUGGACGCGGUGGAGGGUAUCACGAUGGGACGUGGGCGCGCGACGCACCGUUCGGUGCGGGGACGCAGGUGUCGGCGAAUGGGUGCGCGUUGCGCGGAUGGUUCGACGGAUGGCGGACGACGGGGGAGUGUCGAACGACGCGCGACGACGGGGAGACGCUGGCGUACGUGGGUGAAUUGAGCGCCGUUACCGGUUGGUAUCACGGGAUUGGGACCGCGUACGAUGCGAUCGGGGGGUGGGAAGUGAGCGCGGAGCGCGCGGAGGGCGAGCUCGCGUCUUCGACGGCGUGCGCGUACGGAUACGGACGCGCCGAGGACGGUGCAGAAAUCGUGCUCGCGUGGACGCGCGCGAACGUUCGUGGGAUUCGAACGCGACGCCAAAACAUAGGGGACAUCGCGAGCGAGCGCGCGAUCGUGGUGCGAUUGAGUGAGGGGCGACGAUUGAAUCCGCGCGAGUUGGUUAGGAGAUUGAACGCGUUGGACGCGCGCGAGCGCGAAGGACUCCGGCGCGCGGUCGAACGAAUCGACGGCGUCGAGGUCGUGUGCGAGUGUGGGGGCACGAGCGUGGAGAUCGAGCGGUAUCUCGAGCGCGCGCGCGUGCGCGUGGGCGACACGGGUGUGUUCGCCACGCGCGCGUUCGAGCCGGGCGAGCUCGUAGCGCACUUCUCAGGGAAAAUCGUCUCGAUUUCGGGUGAUAUUUCCACGCUCGACGCCGAGCGCCUCUCGCGCGAUGCAGUCAUGCUCAGGAGCGAUGAUGUUGACGAUUAUGACGUCGUUGAGCAACACGACGAGGAUGAUCCUUACGCGCGCUCGCACGGCGUUCGCGCAAUGGAACUCGAGCGUGAACAUCCGAGCGCCUCGCUCGCGGCUAAUUUCGCGCGCAUCGAGACCAAGGUCGAAACAAACUGCGAGCGCGUAUACGUUGAAGAUCACCCUUUACUAGGAGAGACGGUGUUUUUGCGCGCUAAGCGUCGCAUCUGUGAGGGAGAGGAGUGCACGGUGGCGCCAGAUUACUUCUUCGGGUGGUGCCUAGAUCCAAAGAGUGAAGCUGGAUACUACGAAAACAUGCGUUGUCGUCCACCGCGCGUGACGUUUCAGCGACAAGGCGACGAGCCGGAGCUCGGUCGCGUGUCCGUCAAGCAACAUGGGCGAUGGCGAGCGAUUUAUCUUGACAAGGUUGAGCAAGGACUCUCGUACCUCACGCGAACAGGAAAACCAGAGGCGAUGCCAGAUGUGCUCGGAUUUCAGUACAUCCGCGUCAUGGCGCGGGAGACGAUGAACCGGCUAUCAACUCGACGUCGCACCGGUACUCGUGCGCUCGUCGUCGCCGUCGGCCUUGGUUCGGGUGCCUUGCCGUUAUACGUGGCGAACCAUUCAUCGGCACGAGACGUCCGCAUUCUCACGCUCGAGCGUAGUCAAACGGUUAUCGACGCGUGUUCGACGGCCAUGUUCGUUCCAUUGCACCAAACGUUGUCCACAAAGGCCUCGGCGUCGAGUCCAUUGCGCAAAUCAAUGCGUGCGCGUCCGAUCGAAGUGUUGCGAUGCGACGCGUUUGAUUUCUUCGGCGAGGCUGCACGUGCGCAUCCGUCGGUCAACGCGGUUCUCCUGGACGCCUACGACGGAAAAGGACGAAUUCCAGUGCAUAUUCGAAGCGUCGAUUUCAUACGUGAUCUCGGCCGCACCCUUGUUCGCGGUGGAUUCUGCGUGUGCAACUGUUGGGACGGCAAAGCCGGCUCACGCGCCGCGCGCGAGCUCGCAACGUUUGAGGAACUACUCGCCCGUCACGUUGGCCUCGUGCAUCGCGUCAUCGUCGAGGGGCAAGAACACAACGUCGUUCUCGUCGCUACUCGAACUUCUCGAGCAUAG